CUGCCCACGUUGCCUGCUUCCUCUGCAUGGGGCCCUGCAGCAACCCCCGCCUGGGGCUCCCCGGGGGGGAGUCGCCCUCCCAGCACCCCCAGAGGAGGAAGAAGAGAUACCUGCGGCAUGACAAGCCCCCCUACACCUACUUGGCCAUGAUCGCCCUGGUGAUCCAGGCCGCACCCUCCCGCAGGCUGAAGCUGGCCCAGAUCAUCCGUCAGGUCCAGGCCGUGUUCCCCUUCUUCAGGGACGAUUACGAGGGCUGGAAAGACUCCAUCCGCCACAACCUCUCCUCCAACCGGUGCUUCCGCAAGGUGCCCAAAGAUCCCGCGAAGCCCCAGGCCAAGGGCAACUUCUGGGCGGUCGACGUGAGCCUGAUCCCAGCCGAGGCGCUGCGGCUGCAGAACACGGCCCUGUGCAGGCGCUGGCAGAGCAGGGGCGCCAGGGGAGCCUUCGCCAAGGACCUGGGCCCCUAUGUGCUGCAUGGCCGGCCCUACCGGCCGCCCAGUCCCCAGCCGCCGCCCCGCGAGGGCUUCAGCAUAAAGUCUCUGCUAGGGGACUCCGGGGAGGGGGCGCCGCCGAGCAGCCCAAGUCGGUCAGGCUCAGUUCGCAUAGGAGAGGAAGAGGCACCCACUCCAGUCCCCACCUCUGAGAGGCCUCUGUGGCCCGUCUGCCCCCUCCCAGGGUCCCUGAGAGCAGAAGGGGAGACUUCCCAGGGGGGAAACAGCAGGCCCUCGCCCCUCUCCCCUGAACCCAGAGCCUGGCCCCUGCACUUACUGCAGGGUACCCCAGGCCCUGGGGGACUCCCUGGUGGAAGCCACAGGGCCUCGCUUUGGGGGCAGCUACCUACCUCCUACUUGCCCAUUUACACUCCCAACGUGGUGAUGCCAUUUGCCCCACUGCCACCCACCUCCUGCCCCCGGUGCCCCCCCUCAACCAGCACAGGCUAUUGGGGGGUGGUCCCUGAAACCCAUGGCCCCCCAAGGCUGCUCUGGGAUCUAGAUGCCCUCUUCCAGGGGGUGCCACCCAACAAAAGCAUCUAUGAUGCGUGGGUUAGCCACCCCCGAGACCUGGCUGCCCCUACCCCAGGCUGGCUACUCUCCUGGUACAGCCUGUGAGGCUCCCAGGGCAGGGGCUGCUUUCCUCUCCCACCCUCUCCUGCCACCCUGAGGCCUGUUGAGGGGAAACUAAGGGAUGUGUGGCUCCGCCUCGAUACACGAGGUACCAGCCGUGCUGAGAAUCGCGUGUUUAUUGGACACUCCCGAAGAGCUGUGGCCCAGCUGGGCACCACCGCAGCCCUGACGGUCAGUCAUGCCUCUCUUACCCCGAGAGGCAAGGCUGGAAGGAACAGGGCUGUGCUUGAAGUAGCCCUUCCUGUCCCCUUCCUGGUCCCACCUUCUGCAGCCCUCUGUCCGUCUAUCCAUCCAUCCAUCCAUCACCAUCUGUCACUUCCCCUCCCUGGCUCCGGGCUGGGGGAGGGUAGACCUGAUGACCACCCCAGCCGCUCCAUCCCUAAGUCCUGUCCCCCCCCCCCCCACUGUUGCCUGGCAAGGAGGUAGCACCUUUGGGGGGAGGGGACGGAGAAUGGAGACCCUACCUGGUUUUGGUGGUGGUAGUGGGGAAGAUAAGA